CCACAUUGGAUGUUGUCUCCAUCAUUGUAAACAGUCUGCUGCAAGUUCAGCACCAUUUAGGAAGAGUAGUGGACACCUUUUAUGCUGUGCAGCCACAGAUGAAAGGUGUGAGGAAACAUGUUUUGAAGUCCCUUGGACUGGGCCGCAGCAAAGCACAUUCAGAGCCACCGUUCAAGUGUGUGCUGCUUAAUGAAAUAUUUGAGUUAUUCAACUACAUUGAUAGGAGUCAGUUAACACCUGAUCUUGGUGGAUACUCGAUUUACCAGCAUAAAGCAUGGGUCCACUUCAGGAAGGAAAUUGAUGGCUUUAACCGUGAAUAUUUUACCUUGGCCCAGAGAUUUCCUGGCUACUUAGCAGGCCUCCAGCAACAAUCUCUUCAGUCAUUGCCUACAGAAGCUGAGGAACUGAAGCAAUGCUGCCAGCACAUCAUGGAGCUUCAAGCAGUAUGGAAAAGGGAUCUGGGAAUUGAUGAUCUACUGAGAAAGUGUGAAGUGAUUCUUGAGAAGUUCAGAGACCCCAAAUCUGACCUAUGCUUUAAUGCCAUGGGUGGGACCACUCAGUUUCAUCAGGCAGCUGAUGACUUACUUAAAAAGGAUGAAUGGAUAAGAGUAGCUAUGAAGAAGGUGGAAUUGCUAUGGCAACAGACCCUCACCAGGGCUCAGCUUUCACUGAAAGACAUCAGGUGCUGGGAAAGGGCCCAGCAGAUCACUGAUUUGAUUAUUUCUGAAGGAAUGGGGAAGAUUCGUUCAUACAAAUUAGAAAUUGCAAACAAUUUGAGCCAAGCAGAGAUUAUAAAAUUGGAUUAUGACGUUGCCAUUUAUAAUCCUGCAAUGAAAUUGAUUGCUGAAUGUGAGAACCUACUGCAGGAUUUUGAUGAAAUAACGGAACCUGGAGGAAGGGCAAAAGAUUGUAAAGAGAAACUCAGCAGAUUGAAAGACAUGUUCCACAUAGCUGUCGAGCUUCCCCGGCAAACUUUAAAAGCUGUGUAUGAUUUCUAUGACAUUUUUGAAAAAGUUGCUGGUUGGUAUCAUUUACUGUUGCAAGACAUCUUUUUUAAAGAGGCGGUUUGUGAUCAUAUGGUGCAUAACUUGGGACUUCAUUGCGAGGCAGUCCUAUGCCUUAAACCAAGCUGGAGGGAUCAUGUUAACCGCUUCCUCAUUAAAGCUCCUCUUCCAACUGUCGAGGAGUUGGUUCGGCUCGGACAUUUGGCUGAUUUCAUUCCAGACACACUUCACAGGAGGAGGGGAAAGCUGCUGUCCCACCAGUGCUCAAUUUUAAGAAAGUUGUUGACUUCUCCAGGGCAAGUGCUGCUGAUUGACUUAGAACAAGCAGUUCAGUGGCAAGAAUUGUAUUUAAAGGCACUACAAAAGAUAUUGGUUCCUUGUGCCAGCUCGUCCAUUGAUACUGACAUUACUAGAGGUACUGCAGAUGCUCUGAAGGCUGCCAAUGAACAUGUGGUGCAACAAGAGUCUUUGUGUGUCUCCUCAACAGAGAAACAUUUUAAUAAGACUGAUCCAGUUCAACACAGUGGGAGCUAUUUCAACAGUCGUCAUAAUGACCCAAGGUUACAGUUUACUAUUCCUCAUGAGGUGGCCGUUGAACGCUUUAACCAGGAAGGGAAAGGGCUCAGCAAAAGGCCACCUUCUUUAAGUUCUUUUGACUCUGGAAUUGAUGGGACUGGGACUUGCAACUAUGAGACUGUACCAUUUAAUUAUGAAAUAAACAACAGGGAGCAAGGGUUCAAAAGAGCCUCAAUCUCAUCACUGGUAAUGGAAACUGCAAAGCUAAAUGAAGAGGAUAAAUUUGAUAGAGAUAAGUCUAAGAGCCAAGCAACUGAUGAAUUUGGGCGCCCUGAUUCAUUGUCCAUGUCAAGUGCAGUACAGCCCUUAUUAAAGAAUAAUCCAAAUGCUUUAAACUUUGAGAUAAAGGUGAGCCGUUCAGCAAGCUUGCCCAAGAAUCCUUGGGUUAGCCUUUCUGUUGACGAUCUUGAGAAAUCCUAUGUGGUCACUAUUACUCCCAAGAAACCUGCAUUGGAGACAAAACAUUUUGAACCUAUAAUGGGUGGAAUCUGUAAUACAGUGCAUAAGAACGAAGAGGAAAAGUUGACUGGGUUUAGUGACAUGACUCCCAGUCUGAAUGAACAGCUCCCGAUGGAGUCCACACCAUUUGAGAAGUUGACUGCAAUAAAGGAACAAGCUUUUGUUGAUGACCAAUGUGCUGUGCGUACCAGUGAGAGAUUUAAUCAUGCAGAGUAUCUCAAAGAACAGGAUCUGGAUCCACACAGAAAGGUUGAACAUCUUGAAAAUGAGAGCCCAGAAAUUCUCCAUGAUAAUUAUGAAUUUUGUGGAUCUGGAAUGUCACUCGAAAGGGGGGACAGUGAAAGAAAACACACUGGACGUACUGAAGCCGAGAUGUCUGAUCGGGACAUAGAGGAGCAGGAGAAGCUUCAGGACGAUGUGGAAAAGCUGCUGUUGAAGACGGCUAAGAUAUUGGAGGAGGAAGAAUCUGUGCUGAGACAAGAGAAGGAACUGGAACUGCUCUUGCAGUUAGAAGAAGGGGAAAGCAGUGAUGACCCUGAAGAGAACCACUCCAUAUCUGACAAGUCUCAAGGGACCAUGAGCAGCGGACAGGUGAUGAUGUCUCUGAGUGAGCUUUCAGAAGCUGGGGUGAUUGGAUUGGAAGACUAUACCUGGCAGGAAACGGGACAGCAUGAAUUUUGCUGCAGUUGCAUGUGCCCACAUUUAAAAUGUGAUGUUGAACACGUACGGGGAGAAAAAGGAUCCAAGCAUUACAGCAGUCUUUGUGCUACAAAGUGUAUUGCUGCCCCAUCCGUUCCAGGGUCACAUUGGGUGCACCACUGUGAUUUCAGGUUACUGCAAGAACUGAAAGAACUUAAUCAAAUAGAGGACAGAAUUCUGGAAGAGAACUUGAAAAUAAGAGAACUGUGUUGCUCUGAGGAGGAGCAGGAAGCUGAAGUUCCAAUUUUACAUAUGUCAAGUGCAGGCCGAUCAAACGUCAGCAAUGAUAGAACACAGUUCUUGAUGGAGCUGGAGAGGGAAAAGAAGGAGGUUGAGAAAAUGGAGCAGAGUCUGGUGAGGGAAGAGAAAGUGAGACGUAAAACUUUGAAGAAGCAGCCGCAAAUAUCUUCGAGGACAAAAUAUGGGAACCAAAAGAAAUGUACAACAAAGUCUUCAGCACAGGGUGUGAUUUCUCACUUAAAAGCCAAUCGGGCUGUUGAAGUAAAAAACCAUUUUCCUUUCACAGGAAGCAGGAAUUUAAAGUCCACUGAUAAAUGCAAGAUCAAUGCCAUCAGACCAGACUUGCGUCAGGACCCCGCUUGCUUCAAACAUUCUCAGGCCAAAUUGCAGAUUGGUCAUAGCACAAAUAAAGUCAGUAAACCAGUCCAAUCGAAUAAAAGCUGCCUGCAAGACUAUAGUCUUGAUCUGACUAUAAAUAAUAUUUCUGUCCAUGAAGAACAAAAUCCAUGUAUAAUUGAUGGCCAAAUAUCUACUACUCCACAUGAUGAAACCCCUGUACAGUCAGAUAAAACAGAACACAAAAGUAAUACAGGAAUCUCAGAAGAAGCCCAUGUAGAAAACGGGCGGGAGAUUGCUCCAGAUUGGUUGGUGUUGACAGAUGAGUGCAAGGAACAGUACGAUGUUGAUGGUGAGGCUGUCUGUUUUAGCCUAGCACAGGGAGACAGUGAGAAAAACGGCUCGUUGCAUCUUGAAGUCGACAGAAAUGGAACUCUUAGGCAGUCCGCUAACUCUCCUGAGCAUGAAAUUGGUGACGGUAAAGAAAACUGUGGAGCAGACUGCAACAACCAAGGAGACGCAAAUGCACAGACAAACCAAGAGCCAAAACCAGUACUGCGGACCAGUGUUACUGGCAAAGUGGAAAAGCUGUCAGCUCAUGUAAUUUCUCAGCAAAACUCUGACAGAUCUCUUGGAGAUACUGUCAGGGCAAAAUGUGGUAAAAAGGGCCAGCAAAGACUUCCAUUACCCAGACCCAGAAAAACUGCUAAGCAGUGCCAAACCAAAAGUCGCCCAGAACAAUACUGGGAAGAUUCAGAUCCUUUCUGGAAAUGUACUGAACGUGCAGAAGCUGCUACAUUUGUGGGCACCUGCUCAAUGUCAAAGGAUCCCAGGACACAAGUGCCUAAUCCCAGUCUUCAAAUCAGGAACAAAAGUUCAUCAGGAGACCUCAAAAGGGACAUGAUGGGUAAAAAUUCAAUCACCCUGUCUGACAGCUCGGUAGACAUAAAGAUCGAGCAGGUAGAUUGCAAGGAAGCUAAUUCCAGUACUGAAGCAUGCUCUACAUUUAAUUCCACUGAGAAUAGAGAAUUAUCUUCUUGGAGAACAGAUUCCCAAUUGGUAAAUACAGAUGUUUGUGACAAAGGUAAAUGUAAUGAACAACACAUCCUUUUAUGUAAUGAUGUAAAACAGGAAGCUGGUACAAUUUGCAGUAGCAGCUUAGAAUCAAGAGCGAGUUGCAUACCUGAAAUGUUGCAUUGUACUGAAUCCAUAAAUACCGGCACUCAGGAGGGUUCAGUACGUAUGCCUGAUGAUUCAGUCCAUUUACGUGACAUUACAAAUCAAGACAUUCAACCUAUAUUUGAAGACUGCCAUGCCAGAGUGUCUGUGACGUAUAAUACGGCAAUGAGUGCACAGACUUUCCAAGCAUCCGUUUUCAAGGCCUGUGAUUAUAAAACACCACUUGUCUUGGAUACUGGUUCUGGCCUGAUGAAAGCAGGAUUUGCUGACCAGGAAUUACCAACAACUAUAUUUCCCACAGUAAUUGGACGGCCCAAGUACGAGAGUGUUUGCAAUGGAAGGAGCCAGCAGGAUGUUUACAUUGGCCAUGACGCUCAACACUUGCGAGGGGUUCUUUCUUUGCAUUACCCAUUGGAGCAUGGAAUUGUGAUGAACUGGGAAGAAAUAGAACAGAUCUGGCACCACACAUUUUAUCAUCAACUCCAUGUCGAUCCAGAAGAACACCCCAUCCUCCUGACUGAGGCAGCCAUGAACCCACACAAGAACCGAGAGCGAAUGGUUGAAAUCAUGUUUGAAGCCUUCAAUGCCCCUUUUACUUUUGUGGCAAUGCAAGCUGUUUUAGCUCUUUAUUCUGCCGGACGAACUACAGGUAUAAUCUUGGACUCUGGAGAUGGAGUUACACACACUGUACCAGUGUAUGAAGGGUACAACCUCCCCCAUGCCAUUCAACGCUUAAAUCUAGCUGGUCGUGAUCUCACAGAGCAUCUCAAAAAGCUAUUGAAAGAAAGAGGAUAUUCAUUUAAUUCGACUGCAGAGCGGGAAAUUGUCCGAGAUAUCAAGGAGAAGCACUGUUAUGUUUCUGGAAAUUAUGAAGCAGAGCUGAAUAGCCCUGAAAAUGUCCGAGAGCUGCAUUAUACGUUGCCAGAUGGACAGAUAAUUACAAUGGGAGAUGAGAUGUUCAGAGUUCCGGAAAUCUUGUUUAAGCCAGAGGUGAUUGGAAAGGAUCAUUAUGGAAUUCAUGAGAGUCUUCUCCGCUCUAUCAUUCUGUGUGAUGUCGAUUUAAGGAAAACUUUUGUUGCAAAUAUUAUUCUUUCAGGUGGAAACACCAUGUUGACUGGAUUACCAGCAAGAAUACAAAAAGAAAUCUCUUCCAUGGUUCCUCUAGACCUGUCAGGGCAUGUGGACGUUGCAAGCCCAGCAAAUCGGGACUUCACAGUGUGGAGUGGAGGUGCUACCUUGGCAAGUUCAUCUGCCCUGGACUGUGCCUGGAUCAGCCAAGAAGAAUAUAAUGAAUUUGGUCCCAAAAUUGUUCAUAGGAAGUGUUUUUAAUUUAUAAAUAUUGAGUAGUGUUUUAAGACUUUCAUUAAUGAAUCUCAAAUGCAAUAAUUAUUUAAGCAAAAUUAAUUGGCAGCAACAUUAUAAAAUGGGGUUCAUAUUAUUUAUAGCAGUUUGCAGUUUGUUCCCAGAUCGAUACUGUUUAAAGAGGCAUGUAUAACCCCAGAUAUAUCAGUGCUUGCAGCUUGAUCAUUUAAAGUUUUCUUCAGCAAGUUGUGUUCCCAUUCUUUCCGUGUGUGGAUACCAGAAGGGAAGUGAUUGUGCUGCUUCUGUAUCCUGAAUGCCAUAAGAUGGAUGGGUGGAAGUUUUCACUUCUGGUGACAUUCAUUUUGGGCUUGGGUUGGUUACGGUUACUGAGUGAGAACAACCAGCAUCCUCUGGAUUAAGAGAAAGUUGAAAAAGGAGAAAGCAGGGGAAGACUGAAUGAGUUAAUCUAACUCGGGUUGCCAUUUUCUUUGUCUUCACUGUCUUUUCAAAAGGAAUCCUUGCCUAACAUUUCAAUCAAACCAUAUGUGUUACCCCUUGUAAGGGGGCGGCGGAGUAAAAUCUUUGGCAUUCACUUGAGCAAGUCUUUAGUUCAUGGAAACUUUUGCCAGAUUAUUUAUUUAAACACAAUAACAUGAGCAAUCUCUACCUUCAUUUAAAGAAAUGUUUACUGCACUAAGUAUUGCAGGAGAAGUUCUGCCUAUUUAAGCGUUUAAAGGAUCCCAUAUCCAUUAAAAUUUUCCAUAGACUCUACAAAGCUAUUUUCUAUAUUAUUCAAAAUCUGUGCCUUAGAGACAAAAUCAUUAACAAUUUUGUGAACAAUGAGGUAAUAAGCCAAAUUCUAAUCAAUUCAAAGUUAUCAAUCUGUUGUAUAUUGAAGGUCAUUCAUGUGAAUAGAUUUAUAUAAAAAUGUUAUAGUUAAUGUAAAAAUCGGUUGUUUUAUUCAUUUUUAUAAUCUGGGUUAAUGCCAUUUUGUUGUGCUCUUUCUGGAGAAUUCACAUGUUGAAAUGCUUUAUUCUAGUAUAAAUUGACCUGGAAUAUUCAUUCCAUAAUGUUACAUGGCCAUAAUUUUUAGAACUCCUAAAAGCAAGCUGCUUUAGACGUAGACCGUUGCCAGGGUUUACAAUGUGUUAAUUACUUUGUGCUAUUAAUGAGGCAGAACUUAAUGCCCCUUUGGAAAGAGUUGGCAGUUGCAAUGAAAACACUAAAAUGAUCAUUUUUGGGAUCUGCAUCUGUCCCAAUGUUUGUCCCAACAUUAAGAUAUUUUGUUUUUAUAUUGACAAUACUGUUAAGUCUUGAUAAAUAUGAAGCUAUUUUGACAAGAUAUCUAUUUGAAGCCAACUUGUACAAACAGAUUUAGUUAGAAGUACAGUGGCAGAAAUUAAAAAAAAACACUUUGAAAUAACUUUGAAAUCAAAUAAUAGGAACUAUACUGCCAAUCCUAUACGCCUGAUGUUAUUUUUCAAAACAAUUUGAUAUCAAGUAUAGCACAUGCAAAAUACUAAUAUAAAUGAGCAAAUUAUGUAAUAGCUUUACAGUUUUCUUAGAUGGCUGUUGGUUGUAUAAUGUUCUCUUGCUUGUAUUUGUCAAAUGGUGAAAAGUUACAUGAGCAAGGAAUUUGCAAAAAAAAAAAUUAUUGAGUGACUCAUCUUGUCCUGGAAAUCACGAAUAAAGAACUCCCACCCAUGAAUAAAUGAAUCCCUCAAACAUUUUGUCUGUUUCUUUAAAAAAUAAUAAUUUAUUCUUUAUGAAAAGAAACUGAGCACAUCCAUAAUAUGUGGGAAGAAAUCUGCUCAGAAAUGGCUUUAGUGCCAAGCUCUUUUUUUCAAAAAAAAAGUGUUUAGAUGUCGUGUUUGCAGACCCUGAUAAUGAAUUGCACUUCUGAAUAAGAAAUGUAUCUUGGGUAUUGUUUUGUCUUCGGGAAAGAGAAACCUAUCACUGUUAACAAGUUUCUCCAGCCCCUUCCCCAUCAAUAACUAUCUAUUAUUUCACACAUCACAGUAUUGCUGAUGGCUGCUCUUGAAGUAUUGUGUUGUAUUAGGUGUACAAAACACUUUUUUUAACUUGAAAAAAGCAUGUCAACCAGAAAUCUUUUUUCAACUUCCCAUAAAAUUGUGAAAUCAAACUGCACAUCAUUCUGAAAUAAAGUGGAGUACUUUUAAACUAUGUACAACUUUGCCAAUGCUCUAAAUAAAUGUA